AUGGAGACGAGCGCGCGCCGCAGCUGCGGCGGAGGGGCUGUCAGCGCGCGCAGCGGCAGCGGUGGCACGACCGCGGGGGUCUGCAGGAGGCAGGAGGAGGCGGGUGCUCGGACCCUUGCGGCAGACAUGGACUUGCCUUGCGAUUGUGCUGCCGGAACUCCGGCCUCCGAGCAGCCUUCGGGGAAGAUUAACAAAGCUGCUUUCAAAUUAUUCAAGAAGAGGAAAUCGGGUAGUAACAUACCCAGCAUAUUUGGGGUCAAAAACAAAGGGGACGGGAAAGGCUCGGGUCCGCCGGGCAUGGUGAGGAGCAGGACCCACGACGGACUAGCCGAGGUGGUGGUGCUGGAGAGCGGCAGAAAGGAGGAGCCACGCGGUGGAGGCGAUGGUGGCUGUGCCAGCAGUGACCGCGGCGGAGGUCGGCCAAACCCUGGUCCGCCCAGAGCUGCGGGGUCCGGCGUGGGCUUGCCGGCCAGCAGCUCGGUAGCUAAAUCACACAGCUUCUUCUCCCUUUUGAAAAAGAAUGGGAGGUCCGAAAAUAGCAAAGGGGACACGGUAGAUGCAGGAAAGGCUGGCGGCAAACAAAAGAGGGGGCUGAGAGGGCUCUUCAGCAGUGUGCGCUGGCACAGGAAGGACAAGCGCGGCAAGGAGGGGGAACGUGAGGCGCGCGCUGGGGGCCCGGGCAGCCUCGCCCUACCGGGGUCGCUCACGGCCAGCCUGGAGUGCGUCAGGGAGGAAGCGCCCGGACCCGCGUGCGCGUCGGAGAACCUCAGCAAGGACACAAUACCAGAUCCAGCAGGUGAGCGCGGAGGGGGAGAGCCCGGGCUGGCCUCCACCGAUCCUGCCGAAGUGCCCCACUGCCGAAAGGCCGAGAGCCCCGGGGCCCCUGACGCCACUACCACCCAGGGAGAGGACGCCGCGGGGCAUCAGCGCGCCGAGGAUCCCCGGGCACCCCCUGAGCUGGGCGUUGGGUUGGUCCGGACAGCCGAGGAUGCUUCCAGGACAGGUGACGUUCUGAUAAAGACUGUCCCCCUUGUCGACUCCGACUGUGGCAGCGGCCAGGCGUCUGCCAUCCCUGCCCCUUCCUCUGUUGAUCCACCCUCAGACCCAUCGGCCGAUCGUAUUUGUUUGAUGUUUUCUGACGUGACUUCACUGAAAAGCUUUGACUCUCUUACAGGCUGUGGAGAUAUUAUUGCAGACCAAGAGGAAGAGGCAGAUCCCAGCUGUGACAAGCAUGCCCCUGGGCCAGGCAAGCCAGUUGCCUCUAAAAAGAACGCCAGCGCAGUGGCCUACCAAGGAGGAGGGGAGGAGAUGGCGAGUCCCGAUGAUGUGGACGACACCUAUCUCCAGGAAUUCUGGGACAUGCUCUCCCAGACUGAGGACAGAGGACAAGGACCCCAAGAGGGACCAGUUAAGGCAGCGGCCUCACUGGACGCCAAGGUGGUACCGGAGACCUCCAAGGACACCAGGUGUGCAGAAGUGGCCAAGGAUGUGUCUUUGGUCAUGUGCAGGAGGCUCAACCGGAUUCCCAUUGAGUCCCAUCCCAAGGAGGAGCCUAAGCACCUGCAGAAGGAACAGCAUGAAGGUGUCCCAAACAGUGAUGAGGGCUACUGGGAUUCCACCACUCCGGGCCCAGAGGAUGACAGCACAAGCAGUGGGAAAAAGGCCAGCAUCCCCAGGGAUAGCUACAGUGGUGAUGCGCUCUAUGAUCUCUACGUGGAUCCCGAUGGAAGCCCAGCAGUCCCUCCUGCCAGCGAGGAGACGUCCUGCAUGUCCCGGUUAAAGCCAGUGUCUCCGGUCACCAUCACGUGCCCACUGCGAACACCAGGCAGUUUGCCGAAGGACUCUAAAAUCCCUAUCAGCGUCAAGCACCUCGCGAAUCUUCCAUCGAGCCAUCAUGUGGUUCAUCAGCAACCAGCCAGGAGCGAGGUGCCCAGAACAAAAAUCCCAGUGUCCAAAGUGCUGGUCCGCAGGGUCAGCAACCGAGGCUUGGCUGGGACCACCAUCCGGGCAGCUGCGUGCCACCACAGUGCCAAAAAGUUAUGAGGUUCCCAAGGCCAAUGUGGAUGGACCACACGUCAAGGAAUACAACCUUCCCUGGAACCACUAAAAUAAGUUUUGCUUUCUCUAAGGAAAGGCUUUUAGGACUGUCUCUACUGCAGAC